UUAUACUAAUUCUUAAAAUGAACUAUUUGAAAUUAAGCGAAAGAAAAUGCAAAGGGAAAUGCAAACAAUUAAUAUUUACAAUUUUACGAACGGGUACGCAACACAAUAAACUAAAAAGUAUUAUUGAAAAGUAUUUAACAGAUGCAAUUAAGAGCGUUUCAAAAGUAGGAGCCACAAAAAAAACAACUAAAUGAAAAAAAAAAACAAUUUUAAAAAGAAGACAAGCAAUUGCAAACGACGAUAGUAGUAACAAAAACGACAAACGCAAAAACAAGAAAAUAAAAGAAAAUAAUAUUUGCACUUUUUAACAGAGUAAUAGGAAUGCAUAAUAAUCAAACUAAUCAAUAAAGUGAAGAAUAUUAGGUAAAUUGAAUAAGUUUGCCGAAGGCUUACUCUUUAACACAAGUCAGUUUAAUGCAAGUGAAGUAAGCACAAAAAAAAAGAUGCGACCAAAGCAUACACACACACACACACACAAAAAUAAAGCAACUAAAAAAUGCACAUAACAAAUAAAAAACGUGAAUAAAUGGAAAAGAAGAGAAUCAUAGUUAUUAAUUUAGCCAAGUUACUGUCAACAACCAAAAUAAAAUACUAAUAAAAAUUGAAGCAUAAGGGAAACACACAAAAAUUUACUAAACUUACAUGCUGUUACAAGUAAAUUAUUCAAAACGCGGACAGACAGGUAUGCAAUGAAAAGAUAAUCGUACAAGCAAGCACUAGAUAUUUUGAGAAUUUGAGAACCAUACAUGGAAUCGCUAAGGUCAUUAGAAAAAUGUAAACUAAGAGAAAAUCUAACACAAAAUGCCCCACCACAGCAGCACAAGACCCUCUUCUAAUAAGGAAUCAGACAAAUGAAGAUCAACGCCAUUAUUAGAAUUAGCACAAUUUGUAGUCCCUUUCACCGCACAUCCUUGCAUACAAAUCACCCUGCAAGUGCUUUGUUCCCGUAUUCCCGUAAAAUACGCAAAGUACAUUGGAGGCGAUCAAAGCUAAUUACCAUUGGUACCAUAAACUUCGCUCAACACCAUAAUCUACGAGAUGCACUUAUUUACUUGGACUAUAGCAAAUACGUUUCUAUGUAAACGUUAAGCCGAAUGAGCGAUGAACCUGGGUAAUGGUCUACUUUGGCUGGUGGCACUAAUUUUCGUAGCCUGCAACAUUUCCUUAGGCGGCACACGUGAGUCACAGUUGCGUAUCGGCAAGGCCAUCAACAUUUUCGUUCGUUAUGGCUACUUGGGCAUAUCGAUGCGUGUUAUUCCGUACAAUGAUAGUUUUGAAGUCGACAAGUGGUUGUUCAAGGAGCCAACGAAGUCUAUUUAUAAGGAUCUGAGUUCAUUGAGCGAGAGUCGAGAAGAGAAUGCGCCAGGCAUCUUUCACGGUGAUUUUCAUAUGGAGUUCUGCGAUAAUCGUCGCCAACUGUAUCAGGCAUACUUUCGUGACUUUACUGUUGAACGGCUGGACAAGCCAUGGGAGGCCUUCACUGGCGGUUGGUUCGCCGACAAUGCAGCAAAGAAGCUGGGUAUCAACACUUCCUACAUUAUGGGCGAAUAUUCAUAUGUAUUAGUGCGUGUGGUGCGCUUUCGUGAGGUGGGCAAAUUUAGAGGCGACAUACCGCUCAAUCAGACAUUGGAGAAUGAUGUGCGUGAACGCAUUGGCGGCAUAACAGCGGGCAAUGUGACUGGCGCCAUAAAAUUUAUGGAGUCCUGCGGUACACACUACAUUAACUCCUACACGACGGGGAAUUCCUUGUAUCAGGUGUUUGUUUACACUCGCAAAAACUAUCAACUAAUUCGAGAUCGCAUCAAAACGAAGGGCUUGAAUAGCCUCUCGAAAAAGGAACUUUACGAUUUCUUCGCGCCAUGGCACGCCGUACAUUUAGGGCAAAUACGGUCGGCCAGCGCCAAUGCAACAGUGGAGCGUUGGGCGCGCCGCAAACUGCAAUACGAAUACUAUGUGGUGAAGUACGUAACGCUACUGAAAUUACAUGGAAAUGGCACGUUACUAAAGGCAUUGGACAAUUUGCUGGGCAACGAUGCGAUUCUGCAAUUGGAUUUGAAGUCAUUGAAUGUUAUAUUUAGAGAUGUGCCCGAAAAGCGGAGUUGGUUCAACGAAGUGCUCGACAAUCAAAUGAAACUUUGGGAGGUCAAUAUGCCAAUGAACUGACAUGGAGUAUAUGUACAUAUAUGUAUAUGUAGUAGCAGCUAUUAAUUGAUAUGGCCGCUUGGGAGAAUUAUGUGAGCCGCUGUAAAAGUUCCUAAGUCGCUAGCGACUACUCGAGACGCACUGUUGCCAUUCGUCUGCGCAGCCGUACAAAUUUGACGUUGAAGUGCUUAGCGAUGGUCACAUUACUUUAAAUAAUACGAAUCGUUGUUGUUGUUGUCACCCCAAAGAGACUUCAAUAAUGCUUUUUCAAUGCCUGUGAUAGUUCUAAUAGAAUUAAUUAUGUAUUUAAAAUUAAGUUAGGCCUAAUUUGAGUCAUUGCUUAUAUACAUACAUAUGUACUAGAAGAAAGAUUUGAGUGGAAUUUGGAGAAAUAUUUAAGUUACAACUACAACAUACAUACAUGCAUAGGGUUUUAUGCAUGCUGCAAACCAUGCUUUCAGAGUUAUCUACUUAGUAGAGAAAUGAAAUUAAUGCUUAUAUUUUUUUCGGAAUGUUCUUAAAGAAACCGUACAGAAAGUUCCUUACGAGUUCGUGUCUACCAAUUCAUUGAUUUCUUUCGGAAGCUUUGGUUUGCAGGGUAUACAUGAAUGAGGCCAUGCGAGCAGAAGUGGUCUAACCCAAUUUUUUUUUUGUUUACUAAAAGUAGUUUCAA